AUUUAAUUUUUUUCAUCUUAGACCUGAUGCCACUGAAAGAGGAGAGUCAAGAACUGAAUGAAAUAGAAGAGAAAAAUCAGGAGGAGAAAUGCAGUGAUUUCAUGACGGGGGAAGAAUCUUCUAGUUCCUCACAGACUCCUGAAACACAAACUAGGAACCUUAAAGUUCAGAAGAGCACCCAAACCAAAGAGAGACCUUUCACCUGUGAACACUGUGGGAAGAGUUUUGCGCAAAAAGGAACUCUUAAACUUCACAUGAACGUUCACACUGGAGAGAAACCUUUCACCUGCCCUCAGUGUGGGAAGAGUUUUGCUUUAAAGGGAAGUCUUAAAGGUCACUUGAGAGUUCACACUGGAGAGAAGCCGUACUCCUGCCAACAGUGUGGGAAGAGCUUUGCUCUAAAAGGGAAACUUAACCUUCACAUGCGAGUUCACUUGAAAGAGAUCCAGUUCACCUGCCAACAGUGUGGAAAAGGUUUCAGUGAAAAAGAGAGCUUUGAAGUCCACUUAAGAAUCCACGCCGGAGUGAAACCGUAUGUCUGCUCUCAGUGCGGAAAGAGUUUUAAAGAGAAGAAAAACCUCAAAGUCCACAUGAGAACUCACUCCGGAGUGAAACCUCACACCUGCAAACUGUGCGGGAAGAGCUUCACACGAAAAGAAGGUUUGACGGCUCACAUCACGGUUCACAGUGGAGAGAAGCCGUUUAAUUGUAGUGAGUGUGGAGAGGCUUUCAAAUAUAAAAGAUGCCUUAGGCAUCACAUGAAGAUUCACUCUGGAGAGAAAUACUUCAGAUGCCCUCCGUGUAAAAUAAGUUUCACCAACAAGAAUGACCUUAAGAAUCAUGUAAAAACUCACGUCAUAAAGAAGCCUCACACAUGCCAUCACUGUCAAAAGAGUUUCGCACAAAGACGAAAGCUGGAGGAUCACAUGAGAAUUCACACUGGAGAGAGACCAUUCACCUGCCCUCAGUGUGGAAAGAGCUUCAGGAGCAAAGGAAACCUUAAGAUUCACAUUAGAGUUCACACUGGAGAGAAACCUUACAAGUGUAAUCAGUGUGGAAACACUUUCAAAUAUCACACAGACCUGAAACGGCACAGGCAAACUCAUUCUGAGCAGAAAGUGCUGAUUUUUAUCACUGUGAGAAGAGGUUUAGGCAGUAGCAGCACUGGACCUCAGUCAUGAAACUUGCCUAAAUAUAUGAGUGAAUUCUGAGUAAUUUUCUGAAAACUCUCCUCCGGAUUCACAAAUAAGUCUGUUUUAAUCAUUAAACAUGUUUAUUAAAGAAUUUCAAUAAUUUGUAAAUAGUUCGCUAGUGCACGCUCAUUCACAAUUAGCAUAAUCACGCCUAUAAAUUACAGCUACGCAAAUUGUGUUCAGGAACGCAGUGGAAUAUUCUGUUCUGCUUUCUCAGGUUUGGCUCUAGUAUAUUGCAAUAAAUAUUUAGUAAAGUGUAUCCACCAAAGAGUUUUCAGCUGGCUAAAAAAAGUCAGGCAGUCUUCUUAAAACGACCAGCUGGUGGCGUUUAAGAACACUUAGGUGCCACAGCAUUUUUCCAGCUGAGAAGCUUUGGUUGCUAUGAGUUGGAAUAUCCAUGACAGCAAUGUAACAUACUAG